AUGUUGAAGGCCAACAAUGUGUUGCGCAAGCUGGAGACUGCGCCCGAGUGGCCUACCAAAAUCAGUCAGGACUUUUCUUCUGCAAUUAUAACUCUGCUUAUAUCUCCACGGAAUGCGGUAAUCUUGUCGGUCUGGCAAAAAAACUUCAUGAAGGAAUUGCUGGGGAGGAGCCUUGAAUGGACCGAGUAG